GUACAGCUUAAUGGCGAGAGCGGGAGAAAAGAGCAGUGGGUUAUUGAAGUGGUGGAAUCACCAACCAGAGGACUCCCCACAACGGGAGCAAGCCAUCUUCUAUGCUCUCUCUGUCGCAUAUGCAUUCGUCGCCUUCGUCGCCCUGAUUAUCUAUUGUUGGAGGGAUGGAUAUUUGAGAUUCGCCAUAAGCGACUGGAUUUUUGGCAGAUGAAAAACGAAGAAUGGAGUUAGGUUUUUAUUGCCUUGCAUUAGGAAAUCAGAAGCAAAACAAUAGAUAUCUGCCGGAAUAUCGUUUGAAAUCAAUGAUGAUUUAUUAAAAAGAAAGAAACUGUAUACAUACCGCACCACCCAUCCUACUUCUACAUACGCCUUGAGCUACCCACGCGCACAAAUGACUAAACUACCCCUUGUGUCUCACCGUCUCACGCCACCUCACCGCAGGAAUAUUUUUAUCAUUUUAGCUGCAUUAUGUACUCCAAGGAGUACGGAUAGCAUUUUUCCACCACCCAGAUAUCAGCACGUUAUGAUGUGAGGUUUCAGGACUAAACACUGCUCAGAAUGGAUCAAGUUGAAGAUUCAAUCUUAACAUGUUUUUCUUUGCGAUUUAGAGGUCAAUUAUCUGUUAAAGGAUGUUAAGCAGCCCACAUUUCAUCUAAUAUAAGUGUGAAAUGAUAAUUAUAUACACAUUUAGAGGUGAAUUCUUGACUGUAUUGAGGUAGCACUGACUUAUUAAACAGACAAAUGAGAAUUACUACUCUGGAUGUAAGUUCAAAACACUGACCCUCCAUUUGGAACUAGGAUUUGUUAAGGGAAAAGAAAAUAAUAUAACUCAUUUACAUGUAUUUUUACAUGUAUGUAAUUAUGUAAAUACAUUCACUUCCUUUUCCCUUCCAUCCACCCAUCCUAUCGCCGAACAUAGUGCAAGUAAACAAGAAUAGGAGAGGGAAAAUUAGGAAAUGGAAGGAAGAUAGAAGAUGGGAAGUCAAAAUGCUGGAUAAAAUAUGAUCAUCGCUGAGCUCUCUUAAACAUGGAUUUAGAUGAUUUACUGUUCCAGUUAGUUAAAGGUUUUCAAGUUAAAUUCGCUUCAUUUUUUUCUGUAUGGUUACCUGUGCAUGCAUUCAAGACAUCAAACUGUCUAUCAUUGUCCCGAGAUGGUCCUGAAAGGAUGGUCAAAUGUGCCAGUUGCAUGUGAUUGUCAGACAACAAGAUGCUUACCUGUAGUCUUGUACAAGUGUCCUCUUCUCUUUCCGGUCUUUCACCAACUUGUAACCUAGGGCAACUCCUUUAGGGUGAGUAUGCCAUUUGAUUUGUCUUAUCUAAUGUACAUUGCUACUGCAAUAAAAGUUGGAUUGUUUAUUGGCAUUAAUUGAUUGGAUGGUAAUAAGAAGUUUAUUGUAUAGUUUGUCAUAACCAUACCACAAAUAGGGUCUUCUUUCCUAGCCAUAUAUUUUCUUGUACUUUUCAGUUGUUUCAUAUUAACUCAGCUCAACAAGUUGUUGCCCCAAGUAUUUGUAGUUGGACAUAUGGGUCCAUUUCUUUAAGUUGGUUCGCAGCAAGUCUAAGGUACAACUCAUCCGCAUUCAAUUGAGAGUACCAGAGUAUGGUUGGACGACACAAAAAGUUUUCCACUUGAUGAAUUUUGUUGUUAAUGGAUGUAAGUGUCACGACUCGCGAUCACAUUGUUGUGGGUAUGUAUUAUGCUCGAUAAAAACUAAUUGCAUUUUGACAGUAAGGGCUAUCCUCUUUGGACUUUACAAAAGCGUAUUUCAUCUUGGACCGAAAGCAUUGGGAAUGAUGCUUCUGGAUCUUCCUGGACUUCUAUUUUUCUCCACCUAUACAUUACUGGUCUUAUUCUGGGCCGAAAUAUAUCAUCAGGCAAGAAACCUUCCAAUGGAUAAACUUAGGCCCGCAUACUUUAUUAUAAAUGGAGCUGUAUAUUUUACUCAGUUAUGCAUAUGGAUCUACAUAAGAAUCAACCAAAGUCCUGAUGCAGUUGAAGUUGCGAAACUCUUUUUUUCUGUUAUUUCGUUCUGUGCUGCUUUGGGAUUUUUGAUGUAUGGUGGGAGGUUGUUCAUUAUGCUGAGGCGAUUCCCCAUUGAAUCUUCUGGUCGCCGCAAAAAGCUUCAUGAGGUUGGCUUGGUAACAGGAAUUUGUUGCACUUGUUUCUUGAUAAGAUGCUUUGUGGGUGCUCUUUCUGCCUUCGAUGAGGAUGCUGAUGUCGAUGUCCUGGAUCACCCUGUGCUAGAUCUUGUCUAUUACACGAUGGUUGAGAUUUUCCCUUCGGCUCUGGUGCUUUUCAUCCUUCGCAAGCUGCCACCAAAGCAUGUAUCAUCCGAUCAGUAUCAUUCCAUUAGAUAGAUGAAAGGCGGAUUCUUUUUGCCUGGCAAUUUCAUUGUGGGUAGUAGACGCUUAAACAAAGAGAUCCAAUUAAUAUAGCUUUGGUUGAGUUGCUGAGAUUGUGUUUCCCUCUCAUUCAUUGAUUCUUGUAAAUCCUGUCUCUAAUUCUGUUACUUGGUUGAUUCGGGUGUUCAAAUUUUAGUUCGAAAAACUUGGUCCAAGACAAGACCGAACAAGUUUGGUUCGAUCCCGUCUUGGACCCAAUAUACUAAACAAAUUAGUAUGUAUAUAUAUAUAUAUAUAUAUUAUU